CGGAUCCAUGUUACUGUGUCGUGAGGGAUUAAUGUUAGACACGGCGAGUCACUGUGAGGAUUAUUUCCAACAGGGCCUGAAGGCAGCGUAGGUCUACUGGGUGGGUCCCUGCUGAUUCGUCACAGCUCAGACAGAUCGGGACGGUUAUGGAAAACUCUGGAAGUUUCUACGGGCUUAUAAAAAAAGAGACCCGGGCUCGACGGGCAGACACAUCAGACACAGCUGAUCUCCACCGACAGGGUCCGUGAACGUUUCAUGUCGCACUGAAUAAGCAGCGCGUUGGUCACAAUGGGCAAAGACUACUACGACAUUUUGGGAAUCAGCAAAGCAGCGUCGGAGGAGGACAUCAAGAAAGCGUAUCGUAAGCAGGCUCUGAAGUAUCACCCCGACAAGAACAAGUCACCGGGAGCCGAGGAGAAAUUCAAAGAAAUCGCCGAAGCCUACGACGUUUUGAGCGACCCGAACAAAAAGGACAUCUACGAUCGCUACGGGGAAGAAGGUCUGAAAGGCGGAGGCCCCUCAGCUGGUGGUGGUGAUGGUCCUGGCGCCUUCAGUUACACCUUCCAGGGCGACCCUCAUGCCAUAUUUGCAGAGUUCUUUGGUGGGCGUAACCCCUUUGAACAGUUCUUCGGCGCCCGCAAUGGGGGCAAGGAGGAAGACAUGGACACUGACGACCCUUUUGCUCGCUUUGGGAUGGGUGGCAGUGGAAUGGGCGGGUUCCCCCGCUCCUUCAGCUCGGGUAUGGGAGGAAUGGGUGGUCACAGUAGUGUUGUAAAGAAGCAGCAGGACCCCCCUGUGGUUCACAAUCUGCGGGUGACCUUGGAGGAGGUCCUGUCAGGUUGCACAAAGAAAAUGAAGAUCUCUCGCAAACGACUGAACCCAGACGGGCGAACAUUAAGGACAGAAGAUAAAAUCCUGGAGGUGCAGAUAAAGAAGGGGUGGAAAGAAGGCACCAAAAUCACAUUUCCUAAAGAGGGGGAUGAGACUCCCAGAAACAUUCCAGCUGACGUGGUCUUUGUGUUGAAGGACAAGCCACAUCCUCUGUUUAAACGUGAUGGCUCUGACAUCGUUUACACAGCCAAGAUCUCUCUCCGAGAUGCUUUGUGUGGCUGCACAGUCAAUGCACCCACACUGGACAACAGGACGGUCAACGUGCCAACGACAGAUAUUGUGCAGCCGGGGAUGAGGCGGCGGGUGAGCGGCGAAGGGCUGCCUUAUCCCAAACGGCCCGGUCGUCGAGGUGACCUCAUAGUGGAGUACGAGGUCAAGUUCCCAGAUAGGCUCAGUCAGAGUGCCCGGGACACCAUCGCUCAGGUCAUCCCACGAUCUUGAACAAGACAAAAAGACCUUCAGGACUUGCUUACACAAAGCUGCCAACUAUUUUUAUAUUAUCUUUAUGAAUCAUUUAGGUAAAAUUUACAGCAGAUGUUAAAGGGCAGACUCAUGAGGGAGAUGUAUGUUCACUGUCCAGCACUGUGUUACUCUUCCCCUCGUGGGAAGAUGCUCAGCAUGAAAUAGUGCAGCUGUACAGGAUGAAAUGUAAAUAUUACCAGCAUUGUUUGGUGUUUGGUUAAUGAAUAGAUUAUAUUUUGAUGAAAAAUAAGUGUAUUAUAAUAUAUAACAUAUAUGCUUUAUUAUGUGAGAACUCUUGUAAUAAAGAUUCUCUCUGAGAA